GCGCAGUUGUUUUAAUGCCCAUAUGUUUGGCUGUUGAUUUUAACACAGUCAUUUACGGCACUUUUAAGAGCAGUGGGUGAAAGAACUCAGGAAAACAUAGUCAGGACAGAUUCUAAUUAGAAUCUCGGAUUUCAGAGUACGUUUCUUAACCUAUUCCCGACAACAAUGGGACAAAUAAUGCUGUACCUACUUCCACUAAUUCUGGGCCGCACUUUUAACGAGCGAACCAGCAAGCCUGGAAUUGAUAUAUAUAAACAAUCAAGAAUUGACGCUAAUAAAAAGGUGGUCGAACGCCAUUUUACCGAAGCCCUGUACAAACUUUCAGAUCGGAGCCAGAAAGCAAAUAAUUUUCUCGGGGUUUCAGGAGAGCUUGCUCUCAACAUCAAAGGAGGAAAUAUCAAAGUUAAAGGAACUGGUGAUUACCUAAGAGAAGCCAGUAAGAUGACCAACACUGUGGAAAUCCUGGUGAAGGUUCAUUACGAAACGAUAACAGAAACCAUCCAGUUGUCUCGUGAUAUGCUUCAACCUGAUAUAUGGCGGGAAGAUAUUCCAAAAGAUAUCCUCGGAACUCACUUUGUUCGAAGUAUCACGUAUGGGGGGGAGCUCAUAGCUUCAAUUCGAUACAAAGCUAAUCGUAUAGAAAACUUAGAAGACAUCAAAGCAAAACUUGAAGCUAACAUCGGAACAGGAGGGGGGUUUAACGUGGCCGUAAAGGGUCAACUUGAUAAGACGUCCAAAGAACUCAGUGACAUAUCGUCCAUGGAAAUUCAGUAUUAUGCUACCGUACCUAUUGCUGACGUUCCUCAUACCAUAGAAGGCUUAACAAAGUUAGUCGAGAAGUUUCCAGAACAAGCCAAACAGGUGAACAAUGGAAGUGGAGUUCCUAUUCGUAUGGAGUUAGUUCCUCUUUCUGCGCUUAAAAGUAUGGACAAACAGUUUUCGAAGACAAUGAUUUUUAACGCAAAGUUAAACGAGAUGGGUGCACAGUUUGACGACAUAAAAUACACUAAGCGGGCGUUGUUUGAAUGGAUGACCUACAUUCCACUAUCUUAUUUGCCAGAGGAGUAUCAGCGAAAGAUUGGCCUGCUGAACACCAGGUUGGAUACAGUCAACAGAGAGAUUUUCAAGGUAUUAGAUAAAUUAGACUUAUCCACUUCAGGUGAAGUAUCCCAAUUUAAAGAUGCUUUCGAUAACUACCAGGAUGGGGGGAUAUCUCUGCCUGGCAAGUAUUUCCACCAAUUUCUGAAACUGCGAGACGAAAUUAUUUCUAACGUGACUGAACUCCAAGAGCUACGAGGUGGAUCCACUUAUAUUUGGUGGGGAAGUGACAAUUGUGGUACUUCUUCUGAAUCCCAGAAAACCGCUUAUGAAAUUUACAGAGGAGUUGCAGUAAUUUCAGACGUCGACAGAGGGAGCUCUGCUAGCAUUCUUUGUUUUCCAAAUGACCUGCAACUUGAUUCUGAUGAAGAUCUUUUAGAUGAGUCAGCUAAACUAGUGCAGAUAAAAUAUCGAUUUGACAGUGAAGAAAACUUUUUAGCCUGUUCUAUUUGUCGUUUACGCAAUGUAACAGCCCCCACUAUGUUUCCUGGGCAAAAUAAGUGUCCUGAAUCGUGGACACUUCACUAUGGCGGAUUUCUGAUGGCUACCGAAACUGCUGGACGCAAGGGUAAAUUUAUUUGUGUUGACCGCAACGUUGCCAUUAAGACUGGGAAACUUAGCCCUAUACUAAUGGAAGUCAACCCAGCAGAUAAUCAACCACUAAUUACAUAUACUACUCUGUUCACUCAAGGGACACCCUUGUACAAAAAGGACACCUUACUUCCUUGUGUUGUAUGCAGCUACUAAUAAACAUACAAGCACCGUUUGGUGUAAUUACAUACGUA